AUGAAGUUUUAAAUCUUUUUAAUUAUUUCAUAACAAUUCCUUUACCCAGCAUUUUCAGCUUGCAUUGAUCAAGCUAGAACCCCUUUAAACAUUGGUAAAAUACCGGCUUGUCCAUUUUAUGAUGAUACACCAGUCUGUUGUAGAUAGGAUAAUGUAGAUUAAAUGAUCUCUAAUUAUCGUUCUAUUGAUGCAACUUUUGGUUAAGAUGGAGGAGGAUGUGAUAUGUAAGACUUUAUUCAAAGUUAUAUUUUAGAUGCGGAGCUAAUUUGAAACGAUUUUGGUGCAUUUAUACUUGUGAUCCAAAUCAAACAAAUUUCAUAGAAUACACAGGUCGAGCAAAUGUUACAGACCCUUCAAAUAAAAAUAGAUUGAUCGAAGUCCAGCUCGUAUCCCUAACAACAAAACCUCAAAUAGCAUGUGUAAAAUUGUAGACUUAUAUCAUUUAGGAAGUGUAUUCAUCAUGUUCUCGUACAUCAUUUGUCAAUCAAGUUUCUGCUAUGCAGUCUCCUGGAGGAUUCUUUAAUUUCUUAGGAGAAUAGGCUAUGUAAUUAUUUUCAUUAAGAACUUAGAUCACAAGGCCAAUAAUUUAUCACAUUUUAGUUUUCAGACCAUAAUUCCAUGAUAAUGGAUGAUACUUGGAUGUGUAAUCACAAGUCAAACAUUACCACAGUCGAUGAUAAAGGAGUAAUUCACUACUGGGAUUAGUACGGAUAUGAAAUUAAAUAGUAAUGUGGAUGCAACACUUGUGAAGACAGUUGUGAUAUAAAUUAAAUUUUAUACGAACCCACUGGAGUAUUAUAUGGGUUUGAGACAUCUUAUGUACUAUUUACUUGGCUAUUUGCAAUAUUAUUUGCACUUGGUAUUACAAUAAUCAGAAAAUAUCGAAAAAAUAAUGAAGUUAUUGAGAAUUUAGAUAUUGGUUUAAUCACAACUUGA